AAAUAAAAAGGCAUGAAAGGCCAGACCAUACAUCAAAUUCUUCUACAAGGUCAACUACAAAGCGAAACACAACUUGAACAGAGAAUACGAAAUGAAGCUAGUCUGGUCCCCUGAAACAGCAUUAAAGGCCUACAUCGAUACUGUCAAAUCUUGUGAGGUUUUCCAAGAAUCCAGUGUGGCUGAGCUUAUUUCAGCCAUGGCUGCAGGAUGGAACGCCAAACUUAUAGUUGAAACAUGGUCACAAGGUGGAAUUCUUGCCACAAGUAUUGGUCUAGCCAUAGCCAGCCGCCACACAGAUGGAAGACACGUUUGUGUUGUGCCUGAUGAGCUAUCAAGAUCAGAAUAUGAGGAAGCCAUGGCAGAGGCUGGGAUGUCACCAGAAAUUAUUGUCGGGGAAGCAGAAGAAGUGGUGGAGGGGCUGUCGGGCAUCGACUUCUUGGUGGUGGAUUCACGGCAAAGGGAUUAUGCAAGAGUAUUGAGGCUGACAAAGCUGAGCAGCAGGGGAGCAGUUUUGGUGUGCAAGAAUGCUAGUUCAAGGAACGGAUCGAGUUUUAAAUGGAGAAAUGUCGUUGAUGAUGGAUCGCGACGACUUGUGCGUUCUGUAUUUCUUCCAGUAGGGAAGGGAUUGGAUAUUGCACACGUAGCAACCAGCGGGGGCAGUUCUAGUAAUUCAGGCAAGGAUGAAAGACGAUGGAUCAAGCACGUUGAUAGACAAUCAGGAGAGGAGUACGUUAUCCGAAAGUGAUCGCCCAUGGAAAUGGUCUUGAUGUUCUUCAGUUUUGUGCAUAGAAAUUUCCCCUUUUUUUCCUCUUUUCCAUUUCUUUAGCAAACAAUUACUCGUACAGAUAAAACUUCCAAGAAAAAAAAAGCAGAGAGAAAUUAAUUACUCUUGAUUCUUUUUUAA